GGCUACGGGUCCCGGAGCGGAGUGGGAGGCCGGACCGGGGAAGCCGAGCGACGGCGGUGGCGGUGGGCUUGGCUAUGGCGGAGCUGGUGCAGGGGCAGAGCGCUCCGGUGGGCAUGAAGGCUGAGGGCUUUGUGGAUGCCCUGCACCGGGUCCGGCAGAUUGCUGCUAAAAUCGAUUCAAUUCCUCACUUGAAUAAUUCCACACCUCUGGUGGACCCCUCAGUGUACGGAUACGGAGUACAGAAGCGGGCCCUGGAUGAUGGAGUAGGUAACCAGUUAGGGGCCUUGGUACAUCAAAGGGCAGUAAUAACAGAAGAAUUCAAAGUGCCUGAUAAAAUGGUUGGAUUUAUUAUUGGCAGGGGAGGUGAGCAGAUUUCACGAAUUCAAGCAGAAUCUGGGUGCAAAAUUCAGAUUGCCUCAGAGAGUUCUGGGAUUCCAGAGAGGCCCUGUGUACUUACCGGAACCCCAGAAAGUAUUGAACAAGCCAAACGGCUCCUGGGGCAGAUUGUGGAUCGAUGUCGGAAUGGGCCUGGCUUUCACAACGAUAUGGAUGGCAACAGCACAAUCCAGGAACUUCUUAUCCCUGCAUCUAAAGUGGGGCUGGUCAUCGGCAAAGGAGGGGAAACGAUCAAGCAGUUGCAGGAGCGGACAGGUGUGAAAAUGGUCAUGAUCCAGGAUGGCCCGCUGCCUACAGGAGCAGACAAGCCUCUCCGCAUCACUGGAGAUCCAUUUAAAGUACAGCAAGCAAGAGAAAUGGUUCUAGAGAUCAUCCGAGAGAAAGAUCAGGCUGACUUCCGGGGUGUGCGCAGCGAGUUCACCUCCCGAGCAGGAGGAGGCAGUAUCGAGGUGUCUGUGCCUAGGUUUGUGGUUGGGAUUGUCAUAGGAAGGAACGGAGAAAUGAUUAAGAAGAUCCAAAACGAUGCUGGUGUGAGGAUCCAAUUCAAACCAGACGACGGGAUUAGUCCAGAAAGAGCAGCGCAGGUCAUGGGCCCUCCAGACCGGUGUCAGCAUGCAGCUCGCAUCAUCAAUGAGCUCAUUCUCACGGCACAGGAAAGAGAGAUCCUUGGUGGCCUCACGGUAGCAAGAGGAAGAGGCCGGGGCCGUAGUGACUGGAGUGUGGGCACUCCUGGGGGCGUCCAGGAGAUUACGUACACAGUGCCAGCUGAUAAGUGCGGCCUUGUGAUAGGCAAAGGGGGCGAGAACAUCAAAAGCAUCAACCAGCAAUCAGGUGCCCAUGUGGAGCUUCAGCGGAACCCCCCUCCUAACACCGACCCUAACCUGCGGAUAUUUACCAUCAGGGGUGCUCCUCAGCAGAUCGAGGUGGCCAGGCAUCUCAUAGAUGAGAAAGUUGGCGGUGCCAGCCUCGGAGCCCCUGCAGCCUUCGGACAGAGCCCCUUCAGCCAGCCACCAGCCGCACCACAUCAAAACACCUUUCCUCCCAGGGGCUUCCCCAACAUUGCUGCUAAAGUUAAUGGGAACCCCCACAGCACCCCUGUGAGUGGCCCUCCAGCUUUUCUGACCCAAGGCUGGGGCAGCACUUACCAGGCUUGGCAGCAGCCUACACAGCAAGUCCCAAGCCAGCAGAGUCAGCCACAGAACAGCCAGCCCGACUACAGCAAGGCCUGGGAGGACUAUUACAAAAAGCAGAGUCAUCCCACCAGUGCUGCCCCACAGGCCAGCUCCCCCCCAGACUACACGAUGGCCUGGGCUGAGUACUACAGGCAGCAGGCCGCCUUCUAUGGGCAGACGUUAGGGCAGGCUCAGGCCCACAGCCAGGUCUGUAGCCAGUCCCCAGCGCCAUGAUGCCACCCAGCCUUGUGCUUGCCUAGUCCCAGGGUGAGCACAGUGGCCUGUGGGGUCCCCUCUGUCCCUCCACUCCCAAACCCUGAGCUUGAUCGCAUGCUGCUCUCUUCCUUCUCUAGUAGCCCUGACUCUAAGUAAGUGCCCUGGGUCUGCAGUGAGCAAGGACCACUCCAGUAGUAGUUCCUGCAGAGAGUGGCCAGGCUGGGUCUUUCCCUGCACAGCACCUUUGGAGCCAAGCAAGUGGAGGGCCAGCUUGGCCUCUUUAUGUGUAGAAAUGUGGAGCUCUCUCUCCUUGGACCUUGGGGUCAAGGCUCCCUCCCAGGGACCACCUCUUGCCUUGUAGGAAGCUGGGGUUAGGCCUAGUGACCCAGGAGAAGCCUUCCCCUUGCACCCCGUACCCCCCACAUCUUGACCUAGAACCUGAGGUGCUUAGCAUUCAGUACAUGGUGGUAUAAGGCGCUGGUCUUGGGCUGACCCUCUCCCUCCCCCCACAGGAGCAGUAGAUGGGCAUCUGCCGCGGCUCUUCCCCGAAAUCAGUGUGAGAGAAACCUGUUUGUUACAGAGAUUUUUAGAUUUGCAAACCUUUCGAUGAAGACCUUUGUUUUGUUCUGUGAAACACUAUAUUUAGAUUAACAGAAAUUUUCUAAAAAUUGGGAAAAUUAGUUACUAAACAUUGCUGGUAAUUUUUACGUCAUGAUUUCUUUGUAAAUGUGUGAGCUCCGGAGCUCUUGGAGCAAACCCUGCAAGCUCGGGGACCCAAGCUUUCCUCGGAGCCUGUCAUUUCAUCACAUGAUGGCUUUGUCUUGUGUCUUUUUAGUUAGUUUUGGGUGGGGUUUUUGUUGUCGUUGUUGAUGUUGUUGGGUUUUUGUUUUUG